AACUUUUGGUGUUAUUCAAACUCGCUCGGCCGCUUUUUUAGAGACUGAGACUAGGAGCUGUGUAACCUGGCAAAUUACAAAUGGGUUUUCUCUGAGCUAUCCAAGAUGGCGGACGAAGAGCGAUUAUUUUUGGAAAACAGGGCUAUUUAACCUGAGAUUUCUGCUUAUAGAAGCGAAAAAUACCUAUUUUUCUCAUCAAAUACCCCUGUAGGGGCUAGAUCUUUCUUCUGCCAGCCUAACUUGUGGAAAAAAGCCCUCGUAGGUAUUUUAAUCGACUACGUCCUUGUGUGAUCCUGAUGCUGAAGAGUACAGAAACACCCGAAGGACGAGAAGCUAAGUAUUCCUUUCUAAUAUUUCCGUUUUUUGUUUGUAUAAUUUUGGCGCAAUUCUUAUCUAGAUAAUCUUCACGGGUUGUUUUUUGGGGAUCAUCUUGCAGAAUCUCGGUAAACUUAGGCGGGAAGAGGUUCAAAAGUUUAGUCGUCUCGUUUGCUUGUUCAUGAUAGAUAUCUACUAAAAUGAUGGUGCAAGGGUAUUUGACAAAUUUUUCACAAGGUCCUCCAUUGAAAAAACAAAGAUUGGCUUACAUGCUACCUCAAGUCCGUGAAAUCGGGCUGUGUGAUUCUCGGGACUCGAGAAUCGGAGAGCUCGAGAAUCAGCUGUCAGAGCUAAAACAUCGACUCGCUGAUGUUGUCAAAGAGAGAGAUGGCAUGAGAAAGGAGCUAGGCAAGGAAAAAAGCCCUUUCUUCAGCCGAGAAAGCCUUUUUGUGACCUUGAGCCAAAAGCUCAAUUUCACAAAAAGUCAGAGAUUAAAAAAUGGCUUGAGAAGCAAUUUGAGAAGCUUCCAACAGAUUGGAAAGUUGUUGAGGUUUGUUUAGAAUUUUUGUACACAUGGAAACAACCUAAAUUUACCAAUUCUGUUAUAAUGGCAUUUGUUUAUCAUAAAAUGUUUCCUUAUCUCUAGGUUCAACUUGAAGUUGGUCAGUUUUGCCCUACAUUUCAAUGUUUCCUUAUCUCUAGGUUCAACUUGAAGUUGGUAUGGUCAGUUUUGCCCUACAUUUCAAUGAGAGGGUUGAGCCUGAGGAGAUUGACCAUAAAAAGAUCCAAAGAGCUCUCAAGGCCAAAGAUGAUGGUGAUGUUUCUGACUCAGCAUACCAUGAGCUAAAGAUGGUAGCUGGGUCCAGCUUGCCAUCACUGUAUGGGAUACAGAAAGAGAGAAAAGCUCAAAAUGCAAUCAUUCCUAUUACAGAAUUUGAAGGGAAUGCAAAAGGAUGUUCAAGAUCCAUCAAGGACAUUCUAAGUUAUAGUUCAGAUGUCAUUGGAAAUGCAGGGGGCAAUGUUAUAACCCUUCGGUUUUCUGGUGAUGGUAGAAAAACCACCAAAAAACUCGGGAGUGUUAUGACAACCUUCUGCUUUCCAGCAGAAAACUCUGUUAAAAGAAGCCCAGAAAGGGAAUACUGUAUAUCUAUAUAUGAUGGCAAGGAGUCAUAUGACAUCCUAAAGGCGACCUUGAGAGGGGUUUUUGAUGAGAUGAAGGCCCUAGGGAGAACUGGCAUUCUUGUUAAUGGCCUUGAAUACACUAUUGAUUGGGUGAUGGAGGAAUGUAGGAAGUUCCAUCUGAGGUCGACAGGCACCAAGGACUUCCUACGUGCCACACUCAAGGAUCAUCUUGACCGCAACAACAUAGUGUUUGAGCCAUCGUCCACUCCCACUUGUGAGAAAACAGUUCUUAGCAUAUCAGAGCUGACACAAGUGUGGAAAAGUUUGAUGGUCCUCACUGAUGCUCUUGGGGCAAAUCCUGGAGAUGAAGCAUAUCUUCGAGCAGAUGCUUUUCAAGAAAAGGCCCGCCAAUGGGGAACCAAAUUUAGAAAAGCCACGUUUGAUGAGGAUGUAAUUCCAUAUAUACAUGUUCUUGUUUAUCAUGUCCCCCAAUUUUUGGAGAUUCAUGGCACGAUCCACCAGUUCAAUUGCCAGACAGUGGAAAAGAAAAACCACAUGCAGAACAAGACAUUCCACAGGGGUAGCCAGAAAGGGGGGAAAAAUAGCAACUACACUGUACAGAUCAUGGAGAGGGAAAACAGAAAACUGUUCAGUAGGGAAAAUAAUUUGGAAAGGGUCAAGAGAAAAUAUCAAAAGCAGUGAAGACAAAGAAAAAAUGUAUUUAUUUAUUUAUUAUAUUUUUGGUGCUAUUUAUUACUGUUGUAAAUAUCACUAUUUAUAACUUGUAUAACUAUUUGUACCCACAUUAUUAUAUAAAGGCAUUAAAACCAUCAAAACAA